AUGGACCGGGAGCUUGAUGAGGCCAUCCGUGAUGUCAUUGGACCGUCCGACGACGACGACUCUCAGCCCUCUCCAGCAGUGGCAGCGACUAGGACCAGGAAGCCUGGCCGCGGCCGUCCGCGUGGAUCUGUGCUCUUGCGGCAGAAUCUGCAUGAAGUCUCUGAUGCGGUGGAUGAUGCGGCUGCUUCUGCACAGCAGGGCCAGGUGCAAGCCGUGGCGGCCGUGGCGCCUGCUGUCGCAAACCCUGAAAACAGGAUGAACCGGGUAAGGGAGCAGAGACUUCAAAGAAUGGCAAAGAAAGACUGGCAAGGGCUAGGACCAGCAGAUCUGAUGAUUCGAAUGGGUAGUCCUGUGCAGCGAUCACUGGCUGCUGCACUUGUGGACAUCAGAAGCAGUGCUGCAAAGGGCAGAGGCGGAGUGAUGACGGAGCCCAAGGCAGAGGAAGCAGGGUCACCAGAGAUGAUUGAUCAUGUCGUCAAUGGCAAGGUUCUCACAGCUUCGGCUUCCUUGCUUGCCAGACUCACAGGCAAGGAGGCAUCGGUUGCGCAAGGCACUUUAGUUGCUGCCGGUGCCGCCACAGCUGAGACCAACGGCAUCAUGUUGGGUUCCAUGCUUUCUGAUUUUUGCAAGAUCGCAGCCCAGCAGGGAUUGAAACCUCUUCUAGCUGUGACAAAAGUUAGAUAUGAUGAAACUCCUGCCAAAGUUCGGAUAUGCAGAGCAUCGUUCAAUGAUCAGGCUUCAGACGGUGUCAGGGAAGGCAGUGUCAGUGGCGACAUGUCACAGUGCGUGAUUGUGCCACACGCAUGUGCGAAGGGUCCAGCACUACAGAAGUUCUUGCUGGGCAAUGGUGCCUCGUUAUCGUCGCAUGUUGCACAUGUCGCGACUCAUGCGAAAGUCCUCCAAACACAAGUUGCAAUGAGCUUCGUGUUCGCUGAGAAAGAUGGGGACUGCCAUUCGUUGACAUUUGAUCUUCCGUGCCCACUCCAGGUCAUUGAGAGAACCACUGGCGAAUGUCAGCGCAUGUGUAUCUGGGAGUCACUCACCCAGAUUCCAGAGUACAAGCGGCUGGUCGGCGGCUUCCAGCAUCAGGUGCGGUCCGUUUGCACGGACCGUGCUGGUGCAAACUUUCGGACAGAACGUGGUCUGCAAGAGUGGCUGCCGAAACAGGUGUUGAUUCACACCCCGUGUGAUCUUCAUAAAGCAGCUACAGCAAUCAAACACACCGUUCGAUCUUGUGAGUCUGAUAUGAGUGGACUAAUAAACUCGGCAUUGGUCACUCGAGGAGAUGCAGGAGCCAUGGGUCGCCUACGAGAGAUAUUGCUGUCAAUCCUCGUGUCGACAACCGAGCGUGUGUGUGAUGAGUUUCCUCCUCAAGGACGCAUCAGUCGGCAUCGGAUGGAGAUGUUUGAUCUUUGGCUGCCAACCAAGCAUGUGGGUCCAAGUGUUGCCAAGCAGCAUCGCAAACGGAGAUUCUUGCUGAGCAACCUACUGAACGGCGAUUUGCUCAGCUCUGUGCCGCAACAUUACUGCCCAGUGGGAUGUUGCCAGAGCGAUGAUGACUUUGUUGGCAAACUCACAUCCUUCGGGCUGUGGGCAUUGCUGCCUCGGCGCAUGCCCUUGCUUUCGAGGAAGAACUGGCUGAACCAGACCCACGCUAUGGAGUGGGCAGGAUGCCUCGAAUCUCAUCACCAGUUGUUCUCCAAAAUCAUGAUUGCUUAUGUGGGAAGGCCAGCUGCCCCGCCCGCCACAGCCACAGAUGGUUCAGCUGGCAGUGCACUGGAUAAUGCUGUCCAAGAUUUUCUUCUGGAAGACUUGUCUGGAAACAGAAGUGGGGAGCAGGCUGAAGCAGAACAGAUCCCUGAGCCUGAGCCGAGUGUUCAGGAACCUUCGGGUGAGCCAGUGUCAGCCACGACAGCUUUUGCAGAAGAGAACAGGCUAAGGCGUUUUUCGGUCAGAGAAUACAUUUGCUCGAAGCCUCUUCCCCGACUGUGUGUUCUGAAGGAGGUUCUCAAUGCCAUUCACUUGGUCAUGACAGAAUUCCUGGCACUUUCCAGUUCUGCAUGGGAGCAGAAACAGGCUGCCAAAGCUGCUUUGCAACAGCCUAGAGAUUACUUGGUUCUGCAAGCUGCACGAGGCACACAGAUCCACCGCUGCAUGGACAAGUUGGUCCAAGUUCUGUGCGAGGAACGACUAGACUCAGUCAGUUUUCUGGCCUGCAAGUCAAUCACCUAUCAGGGCUUUUUGCUUUUGGACAGCAGGAGCCAUGCUGAUGCCCAGAAGCUUCUGUUUGUUGGGCUGGCUGCUAGCUUUUGCUUUGACUUUGACUCUUUGACCAUUGACACUCCGCCUGAAGAGUUCCUGAAGGAGCUUGGGAAAGAUGAGUUCUUCAGUUUCAUGUGCAGAACCUUUCCAUCACCAAUGUCCCUGCUGGGAAAAGAUGCUAUGGCAAUUCUGCAAGCCACAGCAGCCAGCAUCAGUGUGGACAUCGGCGAGAUAGAGUCGUGCCACUCACUGACACGAGAUUUCAUCAAUGUCAGAGCCAAAGGAUGGGUGAGUUCCUUGGAAACUGUAUCGGCCUUGCAUAUCCUGCAACAGCGGCGCAAGAUUGUGAAAAUGACUACUUCCCGAGCGGCUGAUGCGAGAGCGACAACCCAAGACAUGAAGAAGCCCGGGCCGAAACGGAAGGACUCCAAGGAGAAAAAGAAGGGAGGUGGUGGUGGUCUUUGGAGGGCCUUCGUCAGCUAUCGUCUGCGUGGAGUCAGGGCUUCCAGCCGAGACGACGACAACAUCUUCGCAGACCUUGCAGAGGAGUAUCAACACCUGGGUGAUGCUGACCGAGCACGGUUUGCUGAUGUAGGUCGUGCGGGCACACUGGCUCACAAGCGAGGCCACAGGGCUUUUGGCGACACUUCGUAUGCUCGCCGCAUUGCAGAUGGCUCAGAUGGCAGACAUGACGAUGCCCAACGGGAUGCUGCUGCUGAUGCCGCCAUCGUGGCGCAUGAUGCACCUAGAUUCGACUUUGGCUUGGUGCCGGUCGCCGGCAUGGACUUGGCUGCCAAAUAUUCGGAAUUCAAAGAAGCUUUGGAGAAGGAGGCCCGUGCCUCUCAAGGUGACCCGCUUGCUUUGACGGUGGCCGAAGCAUCCAAGUUGGACAUGAUUUCAGCUGAUACACAGGCCCUUCUUGUGAGAGAGGCUUGGGAACGUGGCGGUCAUGCUGAGCUUCAGAGCAAUAUGACUCGGCAGCCUUCUACACCUGCAAUCAAGCACGCUUACCAGUGGACGCCUCCUACCGACAAAGCUGUCAAGGCCCAUCAGAUUCAGGUUGAUUGGUGGCUAUUGAUUAGUUAG